ACCCGACAUCAACAGACACAACAGGGCGAGCUUUUCAAGCUUUCCUCCGAGAAACUGGCCCGGAAAUGAUCCUCCGUCGGCUUCCGGGUCUCGUCUGCAAGUACAAGUUUGUCUCCCUUUCUUUCAUAUUCCUCCUGGCACUGGUCCUCUACUCUCUUCUGUCCUGGGGCGUCAUCUGCACCAACUUGGAACCAUGGGCGCACAUCAACCAAAUGUGUGAGGAUUUCAGAAAGAGGGAGUCUUUUGGCGACCUAUGCCACGCCCUCUGCGCAGAGAAGGGAAUCGAAUCACUUUCAUGCCACCCAUUCCAUGCUGGAAAAGAGAUUGUCUUUUCAGCAACUCUACGAGGUGGCAAUAAAGUGUUUGUCAAGUCUUCAAAUCGAGGAGGUGAACCUGCAGAAGUCUUCCAUUGGGUUGAUUCUGAAGGCAAGGAACACUACCCGUCCGAAGAGCAAUUUACAAUGAUGGUGUCCGAUGCUGUGAGAUUAAGGUUAAAUAUCUCCAUUGACAAAGAAGAUGCCAAAAGGCUGGCACAUUUUCCUGGUGGUCAAACCACAUCUAAUCACGACUCUGAACUACGGUACAUGGAAAUGCGCGAGGUCUGGGCGCUCUUGCAACACCAAGGGUACCUCAUGUCCAUGGUACACGCAGAAAAAGAGUUUUUCCCUGAACUUGUCGGCUCUUGUGGACAGUAUUUUGCCACGGAAUACCUUAGCCCUGCAUUGGGCACAACCGUCGUAUCUGGCGAUUCUUCCAAAUUUGAGUCCUGGGCAAGCCGUGUCCACCUGGCAGUGAGCAUUAUUGAGCUGAUUGAACAGAUGGACCUUGAGAACAUUAUCCUCUGCGACAUGAAACUAACGCACUUUGGCAUCAAUUCAAACGGAAAGCUCAAAUUUUUAGACCUGAGUGUCGCCUUGCCUAAAACGAUAGCAGAUGCGAUGACCUCCAAUGGAAAGCCAUGUGCUGAAGACAGCGACUGUUAUUUCCAUGACUGCAAGUCAGUUUGCAGCAAGGACAGUAAAGUAUGCGAAUCUCCCAUUACAAACACUAACCUCCAGAUGGUAUGUGAGAAGAUAUUACUCGGUUGGGCCCUCCCAGGCAGGCUUAUCCUCCCAGGGCUGCUCAUGACUUCUCAGACGCCGCAAAGCCUUGUAUCAUUGCUGAGGCAGUGCGCGCAAGUCAUUCACGGCCAACAUCCCGAAGAGCGAGAGGUCGCAAAGCACGUAGCGCAACGGUUGACAGACACGCUCACUGAGCUUGACAACUCCUUGGAAGGAUUCCGCAGUUAGCUGCAAGAUUUAAAGCAUGUUGAGAUUUAAAAUGGACCAAAAAAAAAGUGUUUUCUCAUGUUGAACAAAUGCGUUUAACAGUAGAGGUGGAAGAAUUUCAGUAUUAAACAUCCCUCCACAAGGCAAAAUUUUGGUUUUUUCAUCAUUAAACUCUCUCUAAAAAAGAAAAUUAAAAUGAAUGAGAGAGAUAUUAACUUUAAAGCUCAUUUUAAUAGUUACAUUACAUCAUUAUUAAUAGGGAGAAUAAAAAUCAUUAGAUUUUUACAUAAAAUUUAAAAUAAUUGUUAAAGCUUUAAAACGAAGAAUUAUUAGCUCAAUUAUUGAUUAAAAAAAUCCAAAACAGAUUUUUAAAUGUUAAACAAUUAACAUUUGUUUAAGAAAAUUAUUAAAUUUAGAUUAACAUUAUUAUUUAUGUAUAGUUAGAAGGUUGAAAUUUCAAGUAAAAAUGUAAACUCACACCCAUUUUCUGCUUUUCACAAGACUGUAAUUACUAUAAAGAAGCAAGCCAUUCAAAUAAUUUAUCACAGCAUAUGCAGCUUAGUGUUAGCAUCAUUUGCAAGCCUUAUUGUAUGAUAGAUUUUUUUUAAAUCGAUGGUUUCAUCAUUAGUCACUUUUUUCUUAGAGACUGAAAUGUUUAUGUUAAAUUGCCAAAUCUCUUAGCGUGUCUUUUCUAGUCUGUGAUAUUAAUUUUGUAUUUUUGUGUUUUGUUUGUACAACUAUUAUGUAAUAUAU